AUGGUCAGUCAAUUCCUUUUCCACUUGUUUCUUCAGACCCAUGCUGACGACUUGAUUCUUCCAUCGACAGAGCUGCGAAACAUACUGUCUGCGCAAUGCGACUCCCAUGAGAUCAUCGACGACUCCUUGCGAUCCUGGCUGCACCUCGUGUCUAGCUGUCGCGACAACUUUCUGGGCAGCGAAGAUGACGUCGCAAAUUGCUCUCAGCUCCUUCUCGACAGUCAAAUAUACCGCGCGCACAAAGAUUAUGUCCGCAUACAAAUCAUAUACAGCCUCCUUCAAGAGGACGACCCUUCCUCGCUCAACGUCAUUGCCAACUUCCUACUCCUUGACGGCCGGUCUGACGAGACCACCUUCAAACAGAUGAUCGCGGAGGGGUGUUUCCCGAAACUCGUCGAGCUCAUCAAUGGGCGGAGAGAGGACGACAGGAGGCUACAUCGCUUGCUCCUAGAGCUGAUAUACGAGAUGGCACGCAUCGAGCGACUCCGGGUGGACGACUUGCUGUGUGUCGACGACAACUUCAUCAUUUACAUGUUCCACCUGAUCGAGGGCCUGUCGGACGACGUGAAUGACCCUUAUCACUAUCCCAUCAUCCGGGUACUCUUGGUUUUGAAUGAGCAGUACAUGGUCGCCUCUACGAUUGCUGCUGUUGAUGCUACCGAGACGACGGCACCAUUGACGAACCGCGUGAUCAAGAUCCUCUCCUUGCACGGGCCCAGGUACAGGACAUUUGGGGAGAAUAUCAUAUUGCUUCUGAAUAGAGAGACCGAGACAGCAUUGCAACUACUCAUACUGAAGUUGUUCUAUCUCCUCUUUACCACGAGGGCUACGUACGAGUAUUUCUACACCAACGACUUGCGCGUCCUCCUGGACGUCAUCAUCCGCAACCUUCUCGAUCUCCCCGACGAAUCGAUGGCCCUGCGCCAUACUUACCUCCGAGUACUGUAUCCACUGCUGGCACACACCCAGCUCAGCAACCCGCCACAUUACAAGAGACAAGAGAUUCUCAAAGUUCUCCAGAUUCUCGGCGGCGAAGGCAACAUCCACUUUGCCCCAGCAGACGUGACGACUCUGCGGCUAGUCGACCGCGUCUCGAAAGUGGGAUGGCUCAACGAGAGCGGCGAGAGCGAGAUCGCCAAGAAGCUGCUCGGGAUCAGUAUGACCCACUCACAGACGACCAGUAACGUCUCUGUCGUCGAUGUCGCGGCUGUCAUGGAGAAGCCGGGGGUGAAGACGCCGAGCCGCAGGAAGGCCGAGACCAGUCCGCAGCAGGGGAAUAACAGCCCGGAGCGGGCAAAUAAGAGGUCCCUACCCGUGGUCCCAAAGCACAGACAUGGCAAACCAACAACCGUUCCCUUACCCGUGUUGCAUGUAAGUAAUGGCAGCGGAUACGGGGAUAGCACCGGUGUUGUGAAGAAGCUGCCGCCCAAGACUCCGCCGCCUCGAAGGACGAGAUUGGUGAAGAUCGAGACAGUAGCAGACGACACAGCGCCUUUACCCAAUAGUUCCAACACCUCUGCAUCAUGA